AUGUUUUCGAAAAUAAAACGAUCCAAUGAUUCAUCCGGAACAACUAGCAAAAGUGGUGGUGGUGGCGGUAACGUUGGCACGUCAUCACCGUCAUCAUCAAAAUCAUUUUCUGGACUAUCAUAUUUACCAAAAUUACCAAAAACUUCACGUAUACCAUAUUUAUCGGGAAUUUCAAGUCGUAGUAAAAAAAAAUAUUCUGGUAACAAAUCAUCAACAUCAUCAUCACCAGCGACUGCCUAUGACAAUGGUAUAUUGUCAAUGCCUAGAUCAUUAUCAUUUUCCAAUUAUAAAACUGGUGGAAAAUCUGAUGCAAUCGCAAUACCGGGAUCAAGUUCAUUUCAUACUUGUGGGUCUGUACCAUCAUCAUAUCAUCGACGGGAUGCUGAAGCUGAAAAAUCACCAUUUUUUGGCAGUUUACCACGACUAAAAACUUCUGAUACCUAUUUUGAACCGUACACUACAGCAGCCGGUAACUAUCAACGACAGUCGUCGACGACACCACAUUAUCGUUCUGAAACACCAAUUUCCAGUUCAUCGUUAUGCAAUGAAAUAGCAGCAUUUUUUCAUGAAAAAAAUUUACAAAAUGUUGAUGACGAAGCUGAAGUAUCGUCUCGGACAAGUGUACAAACAGAUUAUGGACUUACAGAUGAUUAUCGGAACAACAGAUGUAAACCAAUUGUUUUACGUCGGUCAUCAUCAAACAGUGAAACAACACCAAAAUUGGCUCAUCGGAGUUCCAGUGAAGGUUAG